GCUAGAGACACCCAAGAAAGAGAGAUGGGUUCUGAUAUUGGGGUACAGGAGAAACAGAGGAAGCCCCAUGUGGUUUGCAUCCCAUACCCAGCCCAAGGCCACAUAAACCCAAUGUUUAAAGUGGCAAAGCUUCUCCAUCAUAGAGGUUUCCAUGUCUCCUUCGUUCACACCGAAUACAAUUACAGUCGCUUACUCAAAUCAAGAGGCCCUGAUUCUCUAAAGGCUUUACCUGGCUUUCGCUUCCACUCCAUUCCUGAUGGUCUCCCACUUCCAGAUGUAGAUGCCACCCAAGACAUCCCUUCCCUCUGUGACUCCACCUCUAAGACUUGUUUACUCCCCUUUCGCACCCUUCUCUCCCAACUCAACACCACCGAUGGCAUCCCUCCGGUAACCUGCAUAGUCGCUGAUGGUUGCAUGAGUUUCACUCUUGACGCUGCUGAAGAACUUGGAAUCCCAGAAGUUUUGUUCUGGACCCCUAGUGCUUGUGGCUUCUUAGCCUACAUGCACUAUUAUCUCCUCAUCGAAAAAGGCCUUACACCACUCAAAGACGUGAGCUGCUUGACAAACGGGUAUCUUGACACUGAGAUCGAUGGCAUCCCAGGAAUGAAGGACAUGCGCUUAAGAGAUAUGCCGAGUUUUGUUAGAACUACCGAUCCCAACGACAUCAUGCUCAACUUUCUAAAGAGAGAGACAGGAAGAAGUAAAAGAGCUACGGCGAUCAUUAUAAACUCCUUUGAUGCCAUUGAGAAAGAUGUCUUAAAUGCUCUCUCUUCAAUGUUGCCUCCCGUUUACAGCAUCGGACCUCUACAGUUGCUACUGAACCAGGUCGAGAAUGAUGGUUUAAAAUCAAUUGGGUCCAAUCUAUGGAGAGAAGAACCCGAGUGUCUCGAUUGGCUCAACUCCAAAGAACCCGGUUCAGUGGUGUAUGUGAAUUUCGGAAGCAUCACAGUUAUGACAGCUCAGCAACUGGUUGAGUUCGCUUGGGGACUCGCCAAUAGCGAACAGACGUUCUUGUGGAUCAUAAGACCUGAUCUCGUGAGGGGUGACUCGGCAAUGUUGCCACCCGAGUUCGAGACUCUGACCAAAGAAAGGGGUAUGUUAGCGAGUUGGUGCCGGCAAGAGCAAGUACUGAACCACCCAGCAAUCGGUGGUUUCUUAACACAUUGUGGUUGGAACUCUACGCUUGAAACCAUAUGUGGUGGUGUGCCUAUACUCUGUUGGCCGUUCUUCGCCGAGCAACAAACCAAUUGCAGGUAUUCCUGUGUAAAUUGGGGGAUUGGCGACGAGAUUGAUAGUAAUGUGAAGAGGGAAGAUGUAGAAAUGCUUGUGAGGGACCUGAUGGUAGGAGUUAAGGUUAAGGAGAUGAAGAACAAAGCUAUGGAAUGGAAGAAGAAAGCUGAAGAGGCCAUUGCUCCUGGUGGUUCCUCACACCUCAAUUUUGAUAACUUUGUCAACCAAUUGCUUCUUUCUAAGUGA